CUUUGCAAUCAUUCCACGAUUUCCUCACGAUGCAAAGAAGAGAAUGACAAACUGAACUAUCAUGUUUAAAACAAAUUUCCAAAGCAUAUCUGAGUUUUUAUGCAUGUGCAAAGAAAUGCUGAAGGUAUUUUUUCCCGAAGAAGAUUGUGAACAAGAUUGAUCGAAGUCAUGGAAUCGAGCAAUGCAGAAUCGAACCCGACUUCCCAUGUCAAAGAGCAGCAUCAACAAUUCACAAUAUACUGCCCGUCCUACAGUUACAAUGUGGGGAAACCCUCAGGGGUGUUGACAGAGAGCCGUAGCCCUUACCAGCCUAUAAAGAUCAGAAAAAGCACAGUUAGGAAAGUGGAACAUGAAAAUACAGUUUCUAUUACUGAAGUCAAACCACUACCUGAGAAUUGCCUUGAAGAUUAUUGUGAAAAAUCAGACUACUGCUUAUCACAAGGAUGUGUUCAAGCUAAUGAAACUACAGAUGAAAAUAUGUCCUCAUUCGAUCAAGUUAUCAUCAACACCAUGAGAGAACACAAGAUCAAGGGGGGGUCUGUCAUCAUUGGUCAGCAGGGUAGAAUUCUGUACAGGCAAGGUUAUGGUGAGGCAGCACCUGGAGUUUAUGCUACGUCUUCAUCAAAGUUCAGGAUUGGCGACAUAUCUAAAGUCAUUACCGCCAUGGCUGUUUUAAAGCUAGUGGACCUGGGAUACCUAGAACUUACAGAUGAAGUUUUUGGAGAUGAAACCAAAGAUACAGCAUCAGGAAGAUUCUUCAUCAGAACAUCAGGUCUUCUGAGGAACCACUACAAAGGGAGGAGGAGACACAUGAUAGAGACCAGAAGAGUGGAACAUCUUCUACAGCAUUCAGGGGGCUGGGACCCAGCACAAGGAAAUGACAUCAUAGAGACCAGAAAACUGGUUCUCGACAAAAAGACUCUGGCAAAUGUCAAGUCAUCGGACAGAAAAGAAAUGAUAAUGAGACAGAUUUUGAUAAAGGCACCUGACUAUCCACCUGGAAAAAAACAGGUUUACUGCCAUCUUGGAUACUUUCUUCUGGGAAUGGUGGUAGAGGAGGUCACAGGGAUUCCCUAUCACAACUUCAUCAGGGACAUGUUGCAGAGUCUGGGAGUGGGGUACCUUAGUAAUAUAGACAGCUGCAGUGAACUUGGCAAUGAUGAAAUCUGUCUGGAAAAUCUCUUUGAUUAUGUGAGUUCUGUUUCAAAUGAAGACGCAGAAUCGACCCCAUAUCUACAUGGUCAUUGCAAGUUCAAUAGGAUCUAUCAUGGAAAUAUUCAAGAUAUACGACAGACUUCAACAUAUUGUGGCUUAAUUGCUUCAGCAGAGCAAUUGUUCAGAAUUUUCUCAUCCAUUGAACUCUCUUUACAUACAGGCUCCGGAGUUUUGUCUCGGGAAAUGGUGAAGAAAAUGCUUGAACGACCUUGGUUUGAAAAUGGUUCUGAAUGGCUUGGCCUUGGCCUCAGUGUUUCAGAUGAUGGGGAGACCUGGGGACACUUAGGAACCACCCCUAAAGGUACCCACUCCUUAGCCUGUCGGCAUCAUUCUGGAUUUACAUGGAUUGCUUUGUUCAAUGAAGGAGAGUCUGGAUGGGAUCAUCUAGAUUUAGAGCUUGAUACAAUGAUGAGACAUGCUUUAAGCAUGUCACCUAGGUUUUCCUCCUAUUCCACACUGUUGUUCAAGCAGCUGUCUUUUUGGAGUAUGGAAGUGCAGUAUUAUGGAAUUUAUUCUUCAAACACAAAUCAGGUGUUUGAAGUGCUUCUUCCGUAUGAAUUGCUUGACAGGCAUUACAUGAAUUUAAAAAGCGCCGGAUACUUUAUUCAGCACAUUGAUCUUAUCAGCAACAAUGGACAGUUAUUUGUUAACAUAGUUUGGAACCAACACAGAACAAAUCAGGCUUGGUGUAUCAGGAAAUACCACGUAGACGACAGGAGUUUAGUAGCCCGUAACACAGUGGAAAAGGAUGUUGAGCAUUUUUUUUCUAAGUACCAGAUUCAUGCUUUGUCAACAUGUAAGGUCAAAACGUAUUUCCACUGUGUCAUAGUGUUCAAGGAAAAGACAAAUUCAAAGCUUUCUCAAAAGUUUUUAUUCUUAACACCCUAUAACUGUGCAGUUAAAUGCCUCACCGAUUCUAUAGUGUAUGGUAACAAGGUUGUUAAUCCAUCUGUGUGCCAAGUAGGUGUAUCCAAACUUCUGACUGUUGUACUUGAAAAUGGCGGACGUGAAAGAUCAACACCAAACAAAUACUGGAUUUCAGCCUACCCAGAAUUCUUUUCACAUGUCAUUAAAGUUGAUAAAGAAGCGGCACACUUUGGCCUUCAGCAUGCUCAGUUCUACUCAAACAGUGCUCCAGAUAGUGUGACUGGGGCCUUUGUUUGCUUUGUCUUGUCAUCAGAUAUCAAACAUAAAAGCACUUGUCGAUACGGACUGACUCGCUAUGCUUUCAUGAAAACAUUAACAGACAUAGUGAGAGCUGGAGAUGUUGAGGUGGAGAAGAUAUGUGCUUACUUAAAUAAGGAAUGCUUUCAUUUUGCUUUAGUGACAAAGCAGAACUGAUGCAGCUAUUUUACAAUGGUCAAAAUAAAUAUAAAACUUAUAUUUAA